AUGGACGACGUCGUGUUUGUAAGCGGCUCAGAGUGUCCGUACACGUUCGAUGUUGUCGAAGAAUUGCAAGGAAAGAAUGUCACAGCGAGAGAUGCAAUGGCCUGGACGUGCUCCAUACGAGCCUACUGGGUGAAUAUUCUACCACUCGUAAAAAUCGUACGGUUUCUGCUAUCGUACGGGACAGCGCUUACAGUGAUCAUGGGGGUAUUGCUAAACGCCCUUUCAUUUAUUGUCCUAACAAGAAAACACAUGCGUAAGACUACAUCGAAUCUGUAUUUGUCAUUUCUCGCAAUAUACGAUAUCGGCACGUUGAUAUUCAACUUUAUGAUUGGAGUCAUUCGAGGGAAUAGCGAAAUGGCCAACAAAACAUUCCAAAACAGCGAAUCCCUUUGCACGUUUCACGGUGUGAUCGUUGAGCUGUUUAGUAUGUUAUCCGUAUGGAUCAUUGUAUCCUUUACAGUUGAGAGGUUCCUCAUGAUCAAAUUCCCUUUUAAAGCUCGCACCUGGUCUCCACGAAAGACUGUGAUCACUUUAAUAAUCGUCUCCGCCGUUGUGACGCUGAUAUCAUUGCAUAAAAUUGCUGUGUCUGGAUUUGAAGGAGAUUCUGUGUUCGGAUACAAAGCAUGCAAAACGCGCAGGACGAUCUUCGUAGAGAUUAUCUACGUGUAUGUUGCGUUGAACACGUGGCUCCCGACAGUCUCUAUCGUGAUCCUGAACGGCAUUAUGAUUAACGAACUUAGAAAAAAUAAAAUAAAGCGUCAACAGAUGACACAAACGUCAAUGACGAAAACCGACGAAAAGGCCACACGCCAGUUGCUGAUGAUUUCGAGCACAUUUGUUCUGCUUGUUCUGCCGCUUGGAAUCGUCCAAUCGAUGGAGCUGAUUUGGAAUGGAACCCAGACAGUUCCACCCGGUCACGUGGACUACGAACAAUUCAUUAUCAUGAAAAUACGUCUGAAAUGGGUCAGAUCAUUCUUCUUUUUCUUCUAUCAGCUUAACUUUGCGAUUAACUUCUUUCUAUAUGUAGCGUCAUCAUCCUCGACCAGGUUCAGGGCAACCCUUCGAAAGAUUUUAGGGAUGAAACAGCAGGAACAGGAAUCGAUGUUCACCCGACCGCAACCAAAAUCGAACGCCAUAGCUCCAGUGUCCGCAAUCGAUGACGAUUUGGAUGCGAAACCUGGUUCAUCUAGAGCCUAAAACGUGUAGAAAAAUCAGCUUUUGGGCUAAGGGUCGUACGAUUUUAGUGAUUUUACCCAUUCCAG